UUCGUCAUUCGCGCGAUGAAUCUCGAGCGGGCCGGCAGCAAACGCGACAUUAACUUUCGAGACGUCGUCGCGAAAAGUGUCGAGGAUCAACCGAUCAUCUAUUUAUUUAAUCUAUUUAUUUAACGUCAAACGCGAUUAUCUAUUUAUUUAAAUAAUAUUUAUUUAAAUAAUACAAAACGCGCUCGCCAUUUUGUUGACUAUGAAACACACAAAGUGAUACGCGAAUCAACUGGAGUGAUCCAAUCGAGAUCGAUAUAUUGAUUGUUUAAUAUCGAGAUAUGCAUGUUAACUUAUUUAUCGAUUUAUUUGACUUGAAAUCUGUCGCAAAACUAUUUGUUGAAAAUAAUAUAUGGCGACGAUGCGACGACUAUCUAUUUGGUAUCGCAAUUUUCGUGUCGUUUACUUAUCUCGAUAUAUAGUAAAGUUCAUGAUCAACGAUCGACAAUCAAUUGAUUAUUUAAAUAAAUAUUACACUUUCAAACAUGCGAGAUAAAAAUGUUUCGAUAAAAAUCGCGCGAUGAUGAAUUAAACUAACUAACUAAGAUUCAGAUACAGAUGUAAUUAGUUGAAUAGUGUGCAAUCAUGUUUUCGCGAGUGAAUUUUCUCAGGUUAAUUUAAUUCAUCAUCGCGCGAUUUUUAUCGAAACAUUUUCAUCUCGUAUGUCUAAAGUGUAAUAUUUAUUUAAAUAAUCAAUUGAUUGUCGAUCGUUGAUCAUGAACUUUACUAUAUAUCGAGAUAAUAUUAAUAUAUUGGAUCACUCGAGUCACUCGCGUAUUCGCGAAUUAUUCAAGUCGCGUCGCGCGAAUCGUACAGAUAUAAUUAGCUGAUUAGUGCGCGUGUUAAAAAAUGUUGAAUAUUUUCGCGAGUGAAUCUUUUCUCGUGUGAAUAUGAACAUUAAAAUAGACUAAACUAGAAAGGAGGAGACAUCGGACGACGACAGAGCGACCACUCGUAUCAUUUGCCGAUCCAAAUCACUGUCUACCAGUCUGCUGAUUUUCAAAAUGGAUUCAAAUAUAAAACCUUUGGAUCCAUCCAAAUUAAACAUUACAACAAAACCAUUGUAUCAACCUCCUCUCAAUGAGUUAAUAAAUGUCUUAGCAGGAGGAUUGACUACAAACUUUGCGGAAGCCAAUAUUGAAAUAGUUGAUUGUCCUAACUUUACUGGAUCACCUUAUAAUUUUUAUCGAGAAGGUUUGUGUGGUAAUCCAAUUAUUUUGGAUAUUGGUGGACCAGCAUAUCUUUUACCAACUGCUCAGAAGAACAAGUUUUAUGAUAUUAAAUUGUUACUACGUCACUUAAAUUAUAAUCAUGAUUCACUUGUCGUUGGUGCAGGAGCUGGACCGUGGCCACAUACACAUUGCAAUUGUGAACUUAUUAUGAAGCUAAACGUACAAGUAAAUAAUAAAGUUGAACCAAUGAAAAAUGGAGUAGUGAAUGGAACGCAUUAUGCAUUUGUAAAUAAGUCUAAUGGAGAGUGCUUACUUGAGCGAGUAGUUGCCAAUGAAGAUGAAACAACUUUUUCAUUGAUGGCCAAUCUAUAUGUGUGCAAAGGCAACCCAGGAAAAGUCAUAAGAGUGCGUGCUAAAAAGCGUACUGGAAAGCUAGACUUUAUAUCAUGCAUGCAGAAAGCAUUGGAGAAUCAUUAUAAAGAUAAUCUUGUUGGUUUGGGUGGUAUGUUUGUGAUGAAGAAUGGAAAAGUGAAGCAGCACAUUAUGCAGGACUUUUCAAACACACCGUUGAAUACUGAAGAACAGCUUAACAGUUGGUUACGUUUCUACAAUAUGGAAACUCCUUUGAUAGCUGUUGGUACAUUUGUUAGUGCUGAGACAGAGUUAGAUCUCAGGGUUCAGCAUUUCCAUAGUGCCUCUGAUGAGAAAAAAGUGGGUGGACAUUAUCACAUUGAUACGACGCCAGAUACUAUUGAGUACGAAGGCUACUUUAACGUAGCAGCUACUCUUUAUCGCGUCGAUCAACCGCCUAAUAAAUUACAAUUUGGAAAAGAUUAAUCGUUAAGAUUUUAUCAAAUAACUUUACUUAUAAACCAACAAAUUGCUUCAUCUAAUUGCAGUGAAAAUAUGAUAUAUUUUAUUACAAUUUAUACAAU